GGCGGCGAGAAGCGGGUGAAUCCGGGGCGUGCGGCGAAGCAGCUCCGGGAUCCCGGGCGAGAGAGGCUGGGAGGCCCCGGAGCGAGCGGCGGGUCCGCGAGCGGCGGGCGGGGACGCGGCGGGAGGCGGGCGCGGGGGAGGAGCGAGGGGCGAGGCGGGGGCUGGGGCGGGCGGGGCGCCCGCUGCCGGCUCUGCUCCCCGCGCCGUGCUCCCAGUCCCCGCUCCCCGCUCCGCGCGCGCCGUGUCCGCCGCUGGCCGCGGGGCUCGGUGCUGGUCGCUCCCGCUCGGCUGGCCGCGGGUGCUGCGUGCUCCGGCGCCCGCGCACCAGGACCCACCGCCCGAACCCCCCGCGCCCGGGGCGGGCCGCGGAAGCAGGCCUGGGAUGGCGCUGUCGCUCACGGGGCUGCUGGCCUUCGCCCUCCUGCCUGCCGCCGUCCCCCUGAACCCGGAGGACCCCAAUGUGUGCAGCCACUGGGAGAGCUAUGCGGUGACCGUGCAGGAGUCCUACGCACACCCCUUCGACCAGAUCUACUACACGCGCUGCACCGACAUCCUCAACUGGUUCAAGUGCACCCGCCACCGGAUCAGCUAUAAAACGGCGUAUCGGCGCGGUCUCCGGACCAUGUACCGGCGGAGGUCCCAGUGCUGCCCUGGCUACUACGAGAGCGGAGACUUCUGCAUCCCCCUGUGUACCGAGGAGUGCGUGCACGGACGCUGCGUCUCGCCAGACACCUGCCACUGUGAGCCCGGCUGGGGGGGCCCCGACUGCUCCAGUGGCUGCGACAGCGACCACUGGGGUCCGCACUGCAGCAACCGCUGCCAGUGCCAGAACGGCGCCCUGUGCAACCCCAUCACCGGCGCCUGCGUGUGCGCGGCCGGCUUCCGCGGUUGGCGCUGCGAGGAGCUCUGCGCACCCGGCACCCACGGCAAGGGCUGCCAGCUGCCGUGCCAGUGCCGCCACGGCGCCAGCUGCGACCCACGCACGGGCGAGUGCCUCUGCGCGCCCGGCUACACCGGAGUCUACUGUGAGGAGCUGUGCCCGGCUGGGAGCCACGGGGCUCACUGUGAGCUGCGCUGCCCGUGCCAGAACGGGGGCGCCUGCCAUCACAUCACCGGGGAGUGUGCCUGCCCCCCGGGCUGGACGGGAGCUGUGUGUGCCCAGCCCUGCCCACCAGGGACGUUCGGCCAGAACUGCAGCCACGACUGUCCGUGCCACCACGGCGGGCAGUGUGACCACGUGAGCGGGCGGUGCCACUGCACAGCGGGAUACAUGGGGGACAGGUGCCAAGAGGAAUGCCCCUUCGGGACCUUUGGCUUCCAGUGCUCGCAGCGCUGUGACUGUCACAACGGGGGCCAGUGCUCACCCAGCACGGGCACCUGCGAGUGUGAGCUCGGCUACAAAGGGCCCCGCUGCCAGGAGCGCCUGUGCCCAGAGGGCCUGCACGGCCCCGGCUGCAGCCUGCCGUGUCCCUGUGACACCAACAACACAGUCAGCUGCCACCCGGUCACCGGAGCCUGCACGUGCCAGCCGGGCUGGUCAGGUCCCCACUGCAACGAAUCCUGUCCCGCCGGCUUCCACGGGGACAGCUGCCAGCUGCCCUGCGUGUGCCAGAACGGCGCCGACUGCCACAGCGUCACGGGCAGCUGCACCUGUGCCCCCGGCUUCAUGGGCGAGGUGUGCGCCGUGCCCUGCCCUGCGGGCACCUACGGCCCCAACUGCUCGUCCAUCUGCAGCUGUGACAACGGCGGCACCUGCUCCCCGGUGGACGGCUCCUGCACCUGCAAGGAAGGCUGGCACGGCCCCGACUGCGCCCUGCCCUGCCCCAGCGGCUCGUGGGGGCUGAGCUGCAACCAGAGCUGCGCGUGCGCCAACGGAGCGGCCUGCAGCCCCGCGGACGGCUCCUGCGCCUGCGCCCCGGGCUGGCUGGGGGACACGUGCGAGCAGCCCUGCCCGGACGGCACCUUUGGGCUGAGCUGCCGAGAGCACUGUGACUGCAGCCACGCGGAUGGCUGCGACCCCGUCACCGGCCACUGCUGCUGCCUGGCGGGGUGGACAGGCAUCCGCUGUGACAGCACGUGUCCACCUGGCCUCUGGGGCCUCAACUGCUCGGCCACCUGCAGCUGUGAGAACGGAGGGUCCUGCGACCCCGCGGACGGGCACUGCGAGUGUGCCCCCGGCUUCUGGGGCCCCUUGUGCCAGAGAAUCUGUCCCCCCGGGUUCUACGGCCAUGGCUGUGCCCAGCCAUGCCCUCAGUGUGUGCACAGCAGCGGGCCCUGCCACCACGUCAGCGGCGCCUGUGAGUGUCUGCCGGGCUUCUCCGGACCCCUCUGCAACCAAGUGUGUGCCAGCGGCCGCUUCGGGCAGGACUGCGCCCAGCUCUGCUCCUGCGCCAACAACAGCACCUGCAGCCCCGCUGAUGGCUCCUGCCAGUGCUUCCCCGGAUGGGUGGGCAAGGACUGCUCCCAGGCCUGUCCCCCGGGCUUCUGGGGCCCCGCGUGCUUCCAUGCGUGCGGCUGCCAGCACGGCGCGAGCUGCAGCGCGGAGGACGGCGCGUGCCGCUGCGGCCCGGGCUGGACCGGCCUCUUCUGCGCGCAGCGAUGCCCAGCCGCCUUCUACGGGAAGGACUGCGCGCGCCUGUGCCAGUGCCAGAACGGCGCCAGCUGCGACCACAUCAGCGGCCAGUGCUCCUGCCGGACGGGCUUCACGGGGCCGCACUGCGAGCACAGAUGCGCCCCCGGAACCUUUGGGUACGGCUGCCAGCAGCUGUGCGAGUGCAUGAACAACGCCACGUGCGACCACGUCACGGGCACCUGCUACUGCAGCGCCGGCUUCAAGGGGAUCAGGUGUGACCAAGCCGCUCUCAUGAUGGAGGAGCUGAACCCCUACACCAAGAUCAGCCCCGCGCGGGGGGCCGGGCGGCACUCCGUGGGCGCGGCCACGGGCAUCAUCCUCCUGCUGACCCUCCUGGCCGUGCUGCUCGGGCUGUUCGCCUGGCGGCGGCGGCGACACCAGCAGAAAGGCCGGGACCUGGCCCCGCGCGUGUCCUACACGCCCGCCCUGAGGAUGACCAGCACCGACUACUCGCUUUCUGAUUUGUCUCAAAGUAGCAGCCAUGCCCAGUGCCUGUCCAAUUCCAGCUACCACGCACUGGCGUGCGGGGGGCCUGCCAGCAGCCAGGCCGGCACUCUGGACAGGAACAGCCCCACUAAGCUCAGCACCAAGUCCCUUGACAGAGACACGGCAGGCUGGACCCCCUACAGCUAUGUGAACGUGUUAGAUUCCCAUUUCCAGAUCAGUGCCCUGGAGGCCAGGUACCCGCCCGAAGACUUCUACAUUGAACUUAGGCACCUCAGCAGCCCUGCUGAGCAGCCCUCGCCAGGUACCUGUGGAAUGGACCGCCGGCAGAACACCUACGUCAUGGACAAAGACUUCAAAGAUUACAUGAAAGAAUCCUCGUGCAGUUCCAGCACUGGUUCCUUGAACAGCAGUGAAAACCCUUACGCUACAAUUAAGGACCCUCCUGGUGUCACCUGCAAGCUUCCCGAAAGCAGCUACGUCGAGAUGAGGUCGCCUGUGCACGUGGGGCCGCCGUGCACAGACGUGCCGUCCCUGUCGCCAGCCAAUAAAAAUAUCUAUGAAAUUGAGCCCACAGUCAGUGUGGUCCGAGAAAGCUGCGGCCCUAACCCCGGUCACAUCCAGAAUCCAUACGACCUCCCGAGGAACAGCCACGUGCCUGGUCACUACGACCUGCUCCCUGUCAGGCAGAGCCCCGCCCACGGGCCCGCCCAGGACAAGACGGACGAUCCUCUCUUGCAAUGUGCCCCGCCAAACAUGCUCUGACUCUGAAGGAAGACAAGCCCUGGACUUGAAGGAACGACACAGACCGCCGACCGCCGCGCGUUCCUAACUACGCUUGGGACACUGGGAGAGCGUCGCCCAUCGGGGCUGGGGCCACUGGACCGUUCAGCUGUCUGCUCACAAAAGCACUGACGACCCGCCACCCUCCCCCACCUCAGCCCCGAAUGCCCUGGACUAUGUGACUUUUACCAAACAUUUACAAUUUAGCUACUCAUUAACAUCAGCUAGCGCUAGGGAUAUCUAUAGACUUCAUUAUCUGAAACAUGAUGCUUACGGAGCAUGUAGAUCUUAAACUAUCCUCGGGGAAAGGGGCGGGAGAGGAUGACUUUACACGUCUGAAAUGCGUAUGUACUUUUGGUUGCUCUUCCCAUCAACAUCUGUUUCACUACCUGGGAUAACAAACUUCCUAUUAUUCUGAACUACUUGUACACGUGUCUAUCCAUCACACGUCAAUGGCCAAGGUCUCGAGUUUAGUAUAUAGUCUAACACAGCUCAAGUUCAAUUCUUUAAAAGACUGAAAAGAAAUACAGAUUAACUUUA